UCCCAACAGGCACCAAGGUCCCCUGCACCAGGCGCUCCAACUCGCGAGAAAAUACGACGGUGGUGCCAGCAUCGGCGCCGACGGCCACACCAACCACCCUACCAUCAUCUACAAAGGCCAGCGUAUGCAACCCGCUUGGAUCGAGGACAACAACGGAGUCCCCGAUGCGAAGUACACCGUCACGGAGUCAUCCUUCAUCCGGAGCCACGUCUUCCUCGGCCACCUUCGAGACUUCAGCGAACAGCUCGAUGCGCGCGGCUUGCAGGGCAACUUGGCCAUUUCCCUGGACAUCGACGUCUUCCAGCUCCCAUCCCACACAUCGCACAUCACCCAGCCCUUGGACGUCGGUACGUUGGGAACCUUCAAGAAGGAGCUCACCAGGGUGCUCAAGGCCUACCCACUGAAAAACGGGGGGAGGAGUCCGGUGAAGCGCGACAUGGCUCGCGUGAUUGCGGAGGCAUGGAGAGGGAGCUUCGCGCCUUUGAACAACAUGGUGGCAUUCAAAGGGGCGGGUUUGUGGCCGGUGAACAUGGAGAAGGCCAUCAACCGACUACACAGCAAGAGGAACCAACGGGAGAAUGAUCGUCCUUUCCCUGAAGACCUCGCCGUCGUUGCCUCCAAGGAGCAGCUCUACCAAGACCUCGGCCGCGCUGCCCUCCUGGAGCUGAUCGAGGGGCUCCUUGUCAUCAUCGUGUUCCUCGGCGGGCUCACCCGCCUCAGCAAGCGCUCCAAGAUUUUCACGACUGUUUGGGCGGGCGGGGGUAAGCCCGAGGGCGGUCUCCUGUCCGCCGAAGAACACCUUGCUAUUGCUAGGAAGGACAAAGAAGAGAAGGAGGCAGCUGAGAAAGCAAAGGCGGAACGCGCAGAGGCAAGGGCAGCGGGGGAGGCCAAUGGACCAAGCGGAGCAGGUCGUGGGCAAGGCGGCGGGCGGGGCGGCGGGCGGGGCGGAGGGAGAGCCGGAGGGCGAGGCGCAGGGAGGAGUGGGGGGCGAGGCGAGGGAAGGGGUGGAGGGCGGGGAGAGAUGAGCGUGAGGGGUGGGCAAAGCGGUACGCGGACGGAGGUUGGGGGGUGCGGUCGUGGUGGGCGUCAGGAAGGGCGAGACGGGCGUGGCCAGGGACAGGGUGGCCGGGGCCGCCCCGCUGGUGCUCGCGGAGGCGGAAGGGGGGCGGGUGGGCGGGUGGGGGCCGGUGCUCGCGUCCAAGGGGGAGCGGGACGGCCGAGAGGGGCGGUGGUUCCCUUGGUUCAGCCGGCCGCCGGCGGCCCCCGUUUCUUCUCGAGGACGGCAACGGACCCCGACACCAAUCGUUAAUGUUUAGACUAGAUGCUCUACGGUUGUCGUUUUUUUCAGGAGUAGUCUACGCGGUGGAUGGAUUAUUCGAGUCAGACGUACAGCAAACGCCAUUUGAGCGUCUAGGUGCCGAUAUGCAUAUCAGGAAUUGCAUUUU